GUCUCUCCUUCUCUCUCUCAGCAAAUAUGGACCACAUCGACAUGCAGCAGCUCAAAGCCGGCGAAGUCAACCUUGGGACUUCAAUCAUGGCCGUCCAGUUCGACGGUGGAGUGGUCAUCGGCGCAGACAGUCGUACAACCACAGGAAGCUAUAUUGCCAACCGUGUAACAGAUAAGCUCACACACGUCCACGAUCGUGUAUACUGCUGUCGGUCAGGUUCUGCGGCGGACACACAGGCUAUUGCAGAUGUUGUGCAUUACCACCUUCAAAUGCAUACUCAAACGUCAGGCGCUCCUCCGUCUGUACACACAGCAGCAGCCAUCUUCCAGAAGUUGUGCUACGAGAACAAGGACGGACUAAGUGCCGGAAUCAUCGUUGCUGGAUGGGACAAAGAGGUAGGCCCCAGCGUCUAUAAUAUUCCUCUUGGAGGCGGACUGUUCCGCCAGCCUUGGGCUAUUGGUGGUUCUGGCUCCACAUACGUAUACGGUUACUGUGAUGCCACGUACCAAGAUGGAUGGGGCAGAGAUGAGACUGUGAAUUUUGUCAAGAACACUUUGGCACUGGCUAUGUCGCGAGACGGUUCCUCAGGUGGUGUGAUACGGAUGUGCGUCAUCACGGAGGAUGGUGUCGAGAGACUAUUCGUGCCUGGUGAUAAGCUUCCCAAAUUCUGGGAAGGCCGAGAGGUUUUGGCUGCUGGAAAGACGAUACCUAUCGAUAGUGGAGUUGUGCCAAUGGCUGUAGAAGCAUGAGAUCAGACAAUUACUAUUCUUUGUAUUCAAUUUAUUGAAUGGCUACUCAAAUACACCAACUGAGCGAUAUU